UGGACUGUCAUGGCCGCCGUCGCUGUGGUUCCACAGAGAGGAGAGAAGGAAGGCAAAUGUUUCUACUGUGUGUUUUUUCAAGCUUCACCUUCUUCUCAUAAUGUCGGACGUUGACCGGACGCCGCAUCAACUUCCAUCGAGUUCAUAAUAUCUGCAAAUCUACAACUAUGGAAGAAGACCUCAUUAUACCUCAUGAUUCUGCCAAAAACUGCAGCAUAUCAGUAAUAGAGGAUGAAAAAGAAAAGGUAAAAGACUUUGUGUAUAAGCAUUUCAGAGAAGUGACAGAUGGGUCACUCUUCAAUAAUGCAGAAGAAUCAUCAAUUAAGGAACAUGGGAGUUCCACCAAGAAAGAGAAACAAACUCUCAACAAAACCCACUGUAAAAUUCAGCAAGGGGCUGUUUUCUCUGGAAAGAUUCUGAGUUUCGGAUGCUCAGUGUGUAAAGAUGAUUCCACAUAUAGCCCCAAUGAUCUCCUUAAACAUUUUCAAGCGGCUCAUAAAGGAACCCUUCCUACAUACCCUUGUGACCUGUGUGGUUUUGUCACAAACGAGUUUCCUGCUCUUCAGCGCCAUCGGAUUGAGCACAGAAAUACUCUGGUUACAUGUGAGCUCUGCAAUGAUGAUGUUCAGUAUUCUCUGCUUUUGCUUACCAGACACUACAUCAUGUGUCACAGUCUAAAUGGACAGUUUAACUGUGACUGGUGUGAGUUUACUACUGUGGAUGCAGGAACAUUCGUCCAGCACAUCCAUCAUCAUAAUGAGAGUCCUUGGAAAUGUUCAAAAUGCAGACAUAUCAGCUUGAACGAAGAGGAUCAUCAGAGGCACGUGAAAGCUCACUCAGGUACAUUCCCCUUCACUUGUCAGAUCUGUGGAUAUGGUGCGGCAAGAAGUGAGUACCUGAAAAAACACGCUGCAGCUGUUCACAAACAGGAGGCUGAGAGAAGGAAUGCAUGGAAGGCUAUCGAGGACAGUGGCACGCCAGCAAAUUCAUCUGCAACCUUAAAACUUUUGCUGAAAAAGAGUGGUGAAUCACAAGAGACUCAGAGGAUAUCAAAACUGAACUGUCUUUCUGGGAGUUUAACAAACCAAAAUGGCAGGAUAAUCAAACCAGAGUUGUCCUUAGAGGAGACUCACCACUUUGCGGAUGGGACAGCAGCAAAAAAGGACAACAACAAUUGGAGUAAAGGCUCUCAUAACACAGAGCAGACAACACCAGUAAUGUUACAGGAAUGUGACAACUCUACAAACUCUGAUGCUGCAAGUCACACAAAUCCUAAUGGACUGACUGUUCUGAUGGUUAAGAACAAAAUUUCUCUUCCCCCCAAUUGUACAACCAAAGUGAUGGGGUUCAAAAUGGUUGAUGGGAAAAAGCAUUUAGUUCUGAAAGUAAUCCCAACAGCAAAACAAGAUUCAUCCAUUCAGAACCAUUCCUCAGUUGAAGAUGUGGGCUUCUUGGCACCAAACCCUGUUUUGGAUAAAAGUAAAGACUCUGUUGAAAAUGGGGAAUGCUUUGAUAGCAAGAGCUCCACGUCACAUUGCUUUGCUGUUUCACCCAGAGGUGGAUCAUGCAUACAGAUGGAUCAAGAUGAUAUUCUGGCAGUAAAGGUAAAGAUUGAAGAGGAAGAAACCUCUGUUUGCAACCUUGAUCCCACCCACGUCAGAGAUGAUGUUGGGGAACAAACUAAUUAUUUAGUAAGUUUGUCUUCAACUUGUGCAGAAACAUUAUAUCCCAUGACAAAUGAGUCUGAUCAUGUGGGUGACCAAAGUCACUCAAGUCAAACAACCUGCUCAGAGAGAAAUACAUUUGGUAAUAGCUCAGUCUCUGCAACGUCAAAUUCUGAUGCAACCAGCCAUAGUGGUUCUAAAAUCAGUAAUACUUUAACAAUGUGUGCUGGUAAGGUCACUGGUUUAUCUUCAGCUUUAGAAGUUGCUAGAGAAACAUUGCUUUCUGAAUCAGUCUCAAGAAAAACUGCUGAGAACUGUGGGGCUGCAAAUGAGUUAUCAUUUACUGACACAGUGGCAGAUCAACUCACUGAUGAACAUGAAAGGAACUCUUCUAACUGUGAUGACCAAUCUUCUCAGAGUACUCCAGAAAAGACUAAUAGGGUCAGAACUGAGAUUAAAUGUGAAAAUGGUCAGCAAAAUUUUAAAAAGCUUUCAACAAAUUGGGUACCACUAUCAGAGUCAUCCCCACCCACUUCAGGUAGUCACAGAGAUAGUGACACGGGCCCCGAAAACUGCACUCAAAAGUCACUCAACCAAGAAGUAUUUAACUUUCACAACUAUUCCAAGGAAACAUUUGGUACUUUACCUAACACUACCCAAAGCUUUGACAAUAUGUCUGAACACUUGGCUGACAAAGAAAGUAUUUGCGAAUCAUCACAGUUUAGCUUGACAUUGGCAGAGUCUCCAGAACCGCUCAUGGAAAGUGGAAAUGGAGAAGAAGCUCAAGAAAAAAAUCGAGAGGGCAUGAGGAAGGUGUCAGAUAGUGACAUUGAGGUUCAUGAGUGCAUAGCUAGAAUUGACGAUCCUCCCACAGAAGAUGAAAAUCCUGAGUCGGUGCUCCAAGACUUUAAUAUAAUUAAAAUUGAAGAGGAUAGUAUUCCUAUAUCAAAAAAACAGUCAGAAACAAAGAAUAGUUCUAGUUCCUUUGGCAGUUUUGUGGAAGAACAUUCAGAUGCAAUCAUUACCCAACAACUUAAUAAGGAAAGAAUAACGUCUUCAAGUGCAAACAGUGAUUCCUUGAAACAAACAAAAACGACUCUACGAAUUCUUCAAUUGCCAGAGGGUAAACAGCAGGUACUCCUGAGGACUACUGAGAAUCGAUUUGCCAUGCCAAUGCAGGUCAAGACAACUCCAGGUUUCAAACUGAUAACCAAUUCUGCAAAUCCUCAAAUCAACGUAUCUUACAUGAAGCCAGGUGUAGAAAGAUCAAGUAACCAAACUGGUGUAACUUUUACUCCAAACAGCAGGAGGCUAGGUGUAUCAACACCAAAGACAGGAGCUGCUGAAAAAGGGACAUCUCUUCUCUCUGCUGUUCAACCAGGUCUUGGCACCACCUCAAAUCACUACCUUAUCAACAGCCCAGGUUUUAAGGGUCCUGUACUCCUUUCAAGCACACCACAUAAUACACCUACAGACAGAUCAUCAAAGACACAGCCUACUUGCUACUUGGUACAGAGGUCUGUUCCAUUCGCUCACACCCCCAGUACUCCUGGUCUGAGACUGGCAAGUACACAACUCCCACUGAACUCACGGCCAGUUCUGGCCAUGCCAUUGAGCUCUGCAGACAAACCAAGCACUGUGCAGCCUGGUCGUCAAGCAUUCUUGCUUCGGUACAUUUCUCCACCCAAAUCAGGCCUACUUCUGAACAACCAAGAGGCAAAGACUGGGGCUCAGUGUAGCCAAACCAGUGAAAGUACUGGAAACAAAGUCAUAUUUAAAAUUGUCACCCCUACCGGUAGCCUUCUUACCAGUGGUGGUCAAACCUCAAGCAGUCAACCUUUGUUUUUGGCCACCAGACCUCAGACCCAGUGUUUUCUGGUGUCAUCAAACAAAAGUAGUACAAAUGCCUCCAAUGGAGUCAAGAAAUUGAUUACCAUACAAAAUACUGCACAGAAAGAUGUCAAGGAGUCUUGCAUUUCACCCUCUCAGAUGAAUGUAAAGGUACAACAAUGUGAAGCAGAGAAACCUAUUCUUGCCCCAAGGCCAAUUCGGCCUCCAAGCCAAAGGAAAAGGCGCAGGAAACCAUUAUUUGAUGAACUUCCAGCACCGGUGCAUAAAGCUAGAAGACUCACAAAUAAAGUACUGACUGAGAAAGAGACUGCUGUCUUAUGGAAGCCUGUUGCCAAAGAAGUUGAAAGAACGCUGAGACUUGCCCCAUUCAACUCUGUACAGCAGAUCAAAUGUCCUCGUAGAUACCAACCUGUUGUGGUGCUCAACCAUCCAGAUGCUGACAUUCCUGAAGUGGCCAAUAUCAUGAAGGUAGUUAACAGGUACAAAGGUGCUGUUACUAAGGUCUCUUUGUCUCAGAAAACGAUCCAAGCCCUCUCUGAGCUUGGUGCUCCAGGGAAGAAUUACUCAACCAAAAGUGUGUCUUCUCACAUUGAUGAUCCAAGACCUCGGCCAGUUCAGAGUUCUGUCCGAGAGCGAUUCCUUUUGAAACUAAAGUUAAGGAAAAAAAGCAAAAAAAAGUAUGAGGUAGUGGAAACUUUAUCAGGUUGUAGACAAGAAUCUGUGGUGUUUGACUGCUGGUUUUGUGGUCGACUCUUCAACAGCCAAGAAGACUGGAUUGGACAUGGCCAGCGGCACCUCAUGGAGGCAACUAGAGACUGGAAUAAACUGUUCUGAAGGUUUUCCAUCACCUUUUAAAUGGCUUGAUAUUCUUUCCUUUUAGGUGGAACAAAUGG